CCAUUUCCCCUAAACUCCUACUCAGAGUUCAGUUCACAAAGACCAUUUGGAAAAAAUGGCUGCCUUUGUGGUCAUUCUAGUUAUAGUACUUAGCUCAUUUACAGUUCUUGGCCAAAAUGAAGGCAUUGUCACUUCAGAACUAGCUCCUAAUUCCCUUGUCAGCUUCCCACCUGUUGAAACUCCUAAGCCUCAUAAUGGUGGCCAUCACCACCACCACCACCACCACAAGCACGGCCAAGCCCCAGCUCCUUCUCCCUCUCACUCUUCACAAACACCAUCAUCACCACCAGUCAAACCACCGUCUCCACCUGUUAAACCACCAACUUCACCUGCUCAUUCGCCUACUAAAUCACCAACUCCGCCUGCUCAUCCACCAGUUAAACCACCGUCUCCUCUUCCAGCCAGGAAGUUUGUUGGUGUAAGAGGAGUUGUUUACUGCAAAUCUUGCAAGUACAGAGGGAUUGACACUCUCUUGGGAGCUUCUCCAAUUCAGGGAGCGGUGGUGAAGCUGGCAUGCAACAACACAAAGUACCACCUAACAGCCCUUGGCACGACAGACAAGAAUGGUUUCUUCUUCAUCCAACCAAAGUGGUUGACCACAGCAGGUUACCACAAGUGCAAGGUGUUCUUAGCCAAAUCACCAAAACCAGAAUGCAGUGUCCCAACAAAUUUCCACAGUGGACAAGCUGGAGCCAUGUUGGUCCCUGCACCACUGCCACCACCAGCUCCAAUGACAUCAAAACCAGUGGAUUCUGAGACUGGGGUUAAGCUCUUUAAUGUUGGACCUUUUGCUUUUGAGCCCUCAAAGAAUCUGCCGUGCAAGCAGUAGUGAGAUACUGUGUUUGCUGUGUUGAGUGUUGUACAUGGAUUGUUUGGGAACUGGGAAAGUGAUAAGCUAUAGUAGUACUACUAGAUUGUUGGGAACUGGGGAGUGUGUGUUUUGAGACUUUCAAUUCUUGUUUGUUGUUACUUUUGCUUUUCUUGUUUAAUUUUUAUUAAUGAUAAUGUAGUAGUGUUAGGCUGCUUGCUUUAAUGGUGGUUUGGUCUGUCA